GUUGGAGUUAUCUCUGUCGAGCAAGACCCACCAGAAGCUGAAGUCUUCUCCAACAUAAGCCUGAGGGAUGCCCCAAAGCCUCUGCUCUCCAACUUAUCCGGUCUUCCUCAACUCCAACACGCAACAAGUCCGAAGAGUCUCGCGAAGCGAAUGUGGAAAGGAUGCUGUCCCACCAUGGCACGAGUUCGCAUCCACAACCGCACCCGCAGUCGUCAUCGCAGCCGCUUCACCAGCAGCAGCCGCCGCAGCAGGCUCAGCUUCCGCGACCGCACUCGACUCCAGUUAAGCGAAGGAGACGAACCGGUCACGGCCCUGAUGCGCGGUCCUGUCCUCACUGUGGGCGAACGUUUAAGCGCACCGAGCACUUGGAGCGCCAUGUGCGAACGCACACUAAGGAGAAGCCAUUCAUCUGUCGAUGUGGAGCUGCCUUUGCCCGGCGUGACUUGCUGACCCGCCAUCAGCGGAUUGCUUUCCACGAGGAUGGAUCCGAGUCUCCGGGAGUCGCAUCGGAGCCGGACUCGGGAGAGGCCCAUGGGCCUGUUGAAGCUGAUCUGGCUGCGGCCGUCUCCCUCUCGGGAAUGAGCGUGGACCAUUGGGCACAGCAACAACCUCCUGCACCACCGGCAGACCUGUAUCCCAUGGCGGUUCCAAGGAACGGCACUCUCGUAGAUGCCUCAUACCAACAGACUUUGCUUGGAGACCAGUUCUAUGAAAAUGGCAAUCAAGAUACUGUGGGAUUUGACGCCCACUUCAGGGAGUUUGCCAACUUCCUCGAUGGUGUUGGGCUACCAGCGGAAUGGAGUCCCUACUUCCACGGCCCUGACAGAGAUCACGAAGCUACCGACACGACGGUGAGAAUGUCAAGAGAAGGGACUACUACGCCGGGGGCUCGUAAUAGUAGGACUCGGCCAGGGACACCUUUCAGUUCAUGGCUGCCGUCAGCGCCCACUGGCAAUCGCAUAUCUGAAACCCUCCCGGAUACAAACCCACGGUCCGUCGACAUUGAUUCACAACCGUACCGUAUCUCAGACGAGCAGCGGUAUCGUCUCAACAGCUCUAUCGAAACAUUUCGGGACAUUCUCGAUCCAGACUUCAAGUUUCCAUCACGACAUGCUUUAUCGCGCUAUCUGACCUCAUUCUUUGAAGGCUUCCACUCACACAUGCCGUUCAUCCACACACCAACAUGGCGAGUCCCUGAACACUCCAUUGAACUCAUUCUCGGUCUGGCGGCAGUCGGCGCCCAGUAUUGCUUCGAGCAUCGCAUGUCUGAGAGACUCUUUCACGCUGGCAAGGCCAUCCUCAUGGAGAGAUUGAUGCACGAGUCUGAAACGUUUGGUGCAAAGACCGGUUCAUCCCUUAAUCUUCAUAACCUCACACCACAACGCCGCGCCUCGCAGGGUUUUCAGGAGAGGGACUGGGGUCCAUGGGAACCAAUAGAGACAGUUCGAGCCCUGAUUGCCCUCAUGGGCUACGCCACUUGGGAACCCAAAGUGUCACUCGUGCAGGAAGCAUUCGCUCUACAGGCGUUAUUGGCACAGAUUCUUCGAGAAGUUGGUCUUUUCGAUGAGGAUGUUCCUCAACUUCCUGCCGACCAGACCACUCCGCAAGCCGCCUGGCAGGCGUGGGUGCGACAGGAGUCGACGCGCCGAGCCAAACUCAUUGCUUUUUCCUUUAUGCACACUCACAGCAUCGCAUAUAACGUGUAUCCUGUGCUACGUAGCAACGAGGUUGGCCUUCGACUCCCUUGCUCGACUGGAGAGUGGAAAGCGCAGUCGGCGUAUCAAUGGCAGACGGCGCGCCGGGAGACUGAGAAGCAACAACUGUAUUUCCAAGACGCUCUUUCCUUGCUCCUGAGGAACACAGACGGCACCGCUCCUGUUGACCCUAUUCCAACACCACUGGGUAACUACAUCCUCUUGCAUGGGCUCCUCCAGAGGAUCUAUAUUGUCCGCGAUUUGUCCCUCCCCGUCAUGGACCAUUCAGCGUCUCUUCCUAGCGAGGAGGUUGACAAGCUCGAACGAGGCCUACGCUCGUGGACUGCAGGAUGGCAGCAAGCCCCCGAAUCCAGCCUUGAUCCCAAUAACGAGAACGGACCCAUCCCCUUCACAUCCAGUUCUCUGCUCGGCCUCGCAUACGUGCGCAUUUAUCUUCACCUUGGACCAUACCGACUCCUCGAAUCUCGAGACCCCGUGCGAAUCGCCAAGGCCAUCAGCCGGUCUCCUGCCGUGGAAAGAAGUGGUGGCGUCAUCACCGCCCUGUUGUAUACUGCUCAUAUGCUCAGCAUCCCUGUGCGACUGGGAGUUGACCGUGUCGCGCGGAGCCAAGCAUUCUUCUGGAGCGUUCGGCAUUCGCUUUCAGGACUUGAGUGUGCCGUUCUUCUCAGUAAAUGGCUCUCGUCAUUGACUGAAUCUGUUGCGACGACGCCUCUUAGUGAUCUGUGUGCUGACAUGCGAGCAACAGACAGCGAAGAUAGGAUCCUGCACUGGGUCCGAUGCAUUGUCGAAGAGGCGUACGAUGUUGUCGAUUUUGAAGAUGAUGAGCCCGACACAUCAACAGAUCGAGAUCCUGCCUCACUGAGCCUGGCGGUUUUGAGAAUAUGGGCACAUUUUUUCAAAAGCAACACCCAAUGGCCUUUCAUCAAUAUCAUGGGAAAGAGCUUGGAGAAGUAUCGCGAAUUGCUUUUGCGCAGCAGAAAGCAGCUAGUCACCUGA